AUGACAACUGGAAAGAAGCGACUGCGAGUUGAAAAAGGGUCUAAGGCAGGAGUAAAAGGGUCAAAAGCAGGAGAGGGAAGUACCCACAACAAUCCUUAUCUGUUUUUCCUUGACGAUUAUCUGAAAAAAGCCAAAGCUGCCAAUAAGAGUCCAAGGUUUAUAAUUGCAAAGUAUACCAAAGUAGCUGCGGAAAUAUGGAAUAACAUGUCUGAUGCGGAAAAAGUGCCAUUCGUGGACAUGGCGAAAGAAAGAAAAGCCCGCAUUAAAAAGCAUAUUCCGAAGGAAAAAAAGAAAAAUGCGGCGCCGGUAUUUCGCAGUCGGUGCUCGCCGUUGAAAUUGUUCAAAGUAAAUGAGGCAUUGACCAAAGCCCAACAAGAUGCUGUUCAAGGAGUGGGUUUUGGUUCAAUGCUUCAAUUGAAGUGUCGAAUGUUGAACUGUGAUUUUAUAAGUCGGUUAGUUAAGCAUUUCAACCCUGUCACCAAGAGCUUGGAGUUUGGGAGGUUGAGGGUUUAUACAAUCACGCCUGAUGAUGUUCGAAGGGCGCUAGGGCUAUCUUGUGGAACGAUACCAGUUCCGACGGACUGUCAAGACCCCCACUUUGAACACAUUAGGAAGAUGUUUGGGACAAAAAAAACCGUUGAAGAGAGGAGUGACAUUUGCGAUGAUGCAAAAAGUAUUCAAUGAAAAGAAAGCUGAUGUGAAGUUCCAGACGUCGUACGUGCUGUUUGUGCUUUCUUGUUUCUUGUGUCCAACCACGAAGGAUGUGGCCGCCACAAAAUUUUACCCGGCAGUGCACAAUUUAUUGCAAACUCCAACAUAUGCAUGGGUAGAAUUUGUGCUUGAUUGGUUGGCGAAUGAAAUUGCAAAGUACAAGAAGAGAAAUGGCAAGGUUGUUGGUGAUAAGAAGGAUUGCGUUGGCGUUGCUGGUUGUGUGUUACUUCUAAUGGUAAGUACAUCAACAUGUUUUUAUUGCAUUUCAAUUGUUUGCUAUCAAAUUCGUCUGUACUCUAUUGUGAGUCAUAAUAUUUUUUUUGUUGCAACUUAUAUAUUUUGACAAACAGCCAAUGGGUAUGAAGGUUGGGAGUGAAGGUGAACCCCUUAUUCAGUCAUGGACGACAAAGUUAAUAAAAGAACGUAUUGCAAAGGAGGAGACGUUGGAGUUGGUAGAUCCAAUUUCUGAUCGAUUCCCUGAGGCUUCUUAUUGGCAUCCGGUGAGGAAACUUAAUUUCGUUGCCGAUAUACAAUUGGACCAUUUAUGUCAUUUAAAUUCAUAACAU